CCCAUGACCCCAAAACUAAUUGUAGACAUGUACAGGUAUAACGCGGCGGCGGCGGCUGGCUGUUGCUGUUGCUGUUAGGCGUCGUUGUGGAUGACACCAUUUCCCUCCCGGGAAUAACGUAGGUCGGUAUGCAAAUCCCUCCCUCCAAAACCGCAUUCUGGCACGCACAAUGCCAUGUGGUACGAUGGUACGAUUCUGCUGCCAACCGCACAGGGUGCCCGCGGGACAUCGGCGCGGCGCGAGAGACUCCCCCUCCCCCUCCCAAAGCUUGUCCGAGCGGCAGCAGGACAAAGUCAUCAGACUGCGAGACAUGUAUCCCAGCCUCCCCUAUGCCCAGCAAUAUGAUACUCGACGAUGAUGAUGAUGACGACGACAACGGACUCAUGCGACGAACACGCGGAACGGCGCCAACACCAAGGGAAGAGAAGAUGGGCCGAGUUUCGAGACUUGGCUUAUGCGCUGGCGAACCGCCCUUCAGGCAGUGGUUCCUCCGGUCUCUCUCUCUCUCUCCCCUCUUCCUCGUCUCUAUGAAUGACUUGCGCGAACAUGCUUGCGCCGGCCGCCCUGCCCCGGUGUCAGUCGCCGGCUCUCCUUCUCUCCCUCCCUCUGGCAAGCCAGCCAAGCGGGACUCCGACGCCAAGGCGCAGACAAGAGACGCCGAGGGCCACCGCCGACUCGUCGCAUCUUCUCUUCGCGUCUCCGGCGAUCAAGGGUUCCAGCAUAGUGUGCAUCCCGGGUCGUUGGGUAAAAAAUAAAAAAAUAAAAAUAAAAACCUAAAAAACCUUGGUGUUGCAAACAAACCUUCCGAGAGGGAGGGGGGGGUUAGACGACAGAUCCGAGGUCCCCAAAUCUUGCCCCAUCGUACCAUACAUAACAUCUGCUCUGAUCCGGGCCAUACGGAAAACCGCCGCCAACUCCCCUCCCCUCGUCACCGCCAACGGCAACAGACAGACGCAGAACGCUGCUCAAGU